GAGCCCGGCCCUGCGUCAGAGUGGAGAGCGAGAGGCUCCGAACUGGGCGGCAGAGUCGCCGCGCGGAUCCGAGCGGCGGGGCACGGGCUGCCCGGCGCCGCACACACCUCCGCCCCCUGCGGCGAGUCCCCGGCCGCAGACAGGCCAGCCACGCGCGCACACACCCCGCAUGUCACCUCCCCGUGGCGCGCGGCGCUGAGCCCGGCCCGGCGCGUGUCGGCGAAGGAGAGGUCGGACUCGGGAGCCGGCCCGGAGCUGCUCGCCGCGCCAGCUCCCGCUCCUCCUCCUGCUGCUCGCCGCUGCCGCCACCGCCGCGUGGAUGCCAAGUACCAGCUUUCCAGUCCCUUCCAAGUUUCCACUCGGCCCUCCGGCCGCAGUCUGCGGGAGCGGAGAAACUUUGCGGCCCGCGCCGGCCGCCGGCGGCACCAUGAAGGCGGCCGAGGAAGAACACUACAGUUAUGCGUCCCCUAGCGUCACCUCAACUCUGCCCCUUCCCACAGCACACUCUGCCUUGCCAGGAGCGUGCCACGACCUCCAGACGUCCACCCCGGGCAUCUCAGCUGUCCCCUCAGCAAAUCAUCCCUCGAGUUAUGGAGGGGCUGUGGACAGUGGGCCUUCGGGAUACUUCCUGUCGUCUGGCAACACAAGACCCAACGGGGCCCCGACGCUGGAGAGUCCUCGAAUCGAGAUCACCUCCUACCUGGGCCUUCACCAUGGGAGCAGCCAGUUUUUCCACGAUGUGGAGGUGGAAGAUGUACUUCCUAGCUGCAAACGGUCACCAUCUACAGCCACCCUGCACCUGCCCAGCCUGGAAGCCUACAGAGACCCCUCCUGCCUGAGCCCAGCCAGCAGCCUGUCCUCCAGGAGCUGUAACUCGGAGGCAUCUUCCUACGAAUCCAACUACUCCUACCCGUACGCAUCCCCCCAGACCUCUCCAUGGCAGUCACCCUGUGUGUCUCCCAAGACCACGGACCCAGAGGAAGGCUUUCCCCGAAGCCUGGGUGCCUGCCACCUGCUGGGAUCGCCAAGGCACUCCCCAUCCACCUCUCCACGGGCAAGCAUCACGGAGGAGAGCUGGCUCGGUGCCCGCGGCUCCCGGCCCACAUCCCCCUGCAACAAGCGCAAAUACAGUCUCAAUGGGCGGCAGCCCUCCUGCUCACCCCACCACUCACCCACACCAUCCCCCCAUGGCUCCCCUCGGGUCAGCGUGACCGAAGACACCUGGCUUGGUAACACCACCCAGUAUACUAGCUCUGCCAUUGUGGCAGCCAUCAACGCCCUGACCACUGAUAGCACUCUGGACCUGGGUGAUGGGGUCCCUAUCAAGUCUCGAAAGACAGCACUGGAGCAUGCGCCUUCUGUGGCUCUCAAGGUAGAACCAGCCGGGGAAGACCUGGGCACCACUCCACCCACUUCUGACUUCCCACCCGAGGAGUACACCUUCCAGCACCUUCGGAAGGGUGCCUUUUGCGAGCAGUAUCUGUCGGUGCCACAGGCCUCCUAUCAGUGGGCAAAACCCAAGUCUCUUUCCCCGACGUCAUACAUGAGCCCAUCCCUGCCUGCCCUCGACUGGCAGCUGCCAUCACAUUCUGGUCCAUACGAGCUUCGGAUCGAGGUGCAGCCCAAGUCUCACCACAGGGCUCACUAUGAGACGGAAGGCAGCCGGGGGGCUGUGAAGGCUUCAGCUGGAGGACACCCCGUUGUGCAGCUACACGGUUACUUGGAGAAUGAGCCUCUCACGCUACAGCUGUUCAUUGGGACGGCCGACGACCGCCUGCUGAGGCCCCACGCCUUCUACCAGGUCCACCGGAUCACAGGGAAGACAGUCUCCACCACCAGCCACGAGGCCAUCCUGUCCAACACCAAAGUCCUGGAGAUCCCACUGCUUCCAGAAAAUAACAUGCGAGCCAUCAUCGACUGUGCUGGGAUCCUGAAGCUCAGAAACUCUGACAUCGAGCUGAGGAAAGGGGAGACAGACAUCGGGCGGAAGAACACCAGGGUGCGGCUGGUCUUCCGAGUUCACAUCCCACAGCCCAAUGGCCGGACGCUGUCUCUCCAGGUGGCCUCGAACCCUAUCGAGUGUUCCCAGCGGUCGGCCCAGGAACUGCCCCUCGUGGAGAAGCAGAGCACCGACAGCUACCCUGUCAUUGGCGGGAAGAAGAUGGUGCUGUCUGGCCAUAACUUCCUGCAAGACUCCAAGGUCAUUUUCGUGGAGAAGGCUCCAGAUGGCCACCACGUCUGGGAGAUGGAAGCAAAAACUGACCGGGACCUGUGCAAGCCGAAUUCCCUGGUAGUUGAGAUACCACCUUUCCGCAACCAGAGAAUAACGAGCCCCGUCCAAGUCAGUUUCUAUGUCUGCAACGGGAAGCGGAAGAGAAGCCAGUACCAGCAUUUCACGUACCUUCCUGCCAAUGUUCCAAUUAUAAAGACAGAACCCACGGACGACUUUGAGCCAGCUCUGACCUGUGGACCAAUGAGCCAGGGACUUAGUCCUUUGCCAAGGCCUUACUAUAGUCAACAGCUCACCAUGCCUCCCGACCCCGGCUCCUGCCUCGUGGCUGGCUUUGCCCCCUGCUCCCAGAGGAACACGCUGAUGCCCACACCUCCCAAUGCAAGCCCGAAGCUCCAUGACCUUUCCUCUCCUGCCUACACCAAGGGCCUCACCAACCCGGGCCACAGUGGUCACCUUGGACUUCAGCCACCAGCUUCGGAGGCCCCCAGCAUGCAGGAAGUGCCGAGACCUAUGGCCAUUCAGCCCCAUUCGCCUGAGCAGCCCCCAUCCGCCAGGCUACAGCCGCAGGUGAGUCCACAUCUGAACAGUAGCUGUCCCCUUGGUCGCCAACAAGUGCUCUGUCCCAACAGCCCCUCUUCUCCACUUCCAUCUGCUGCCCACGAGCCAACCUGCUUACAGCCCUCAGCUUUCCCUCCUGACUUGGGCCACCGGCAGCAACAACUGCAGAAGGCUCAAAGAAAUGAAUCUCCAGCCGUACUGCCAGAGGUGUGUGAGGACAGUGACCAUAACUUGGCCCCUAUUCCUGUAGUGAUCAAGCAAGAGCCCGAGGAGUUGGACCAGUUGUACUUGGAUGAUGUAAAUGAGAUCAUACGUAACGACCUCUCCAGCACGAUCCCCCACUCCUAAUUCAGCACAUCGGAGCUGGCAGAAGCUGUGAGGAGUUGGCUCGGUGCAGACAACCGCGCUUCAGCAAGUGAGACUUUGAUGAGAUAAACUGGACCCACAUCUGGUACCACUCAGAAAUCCCAAUUUACCGAACGAACGCUAGGAGCUUAUGUCUGAAGAAGGAGCUCUCCAACAGAGACGGAAGAAGGAGCAGGAGAGGGGCCCACUACAUCUCCAGAACGAAACACCAUCUCAAAGAAAGAGAAGGGCUGGCCAGUGAGGCCUGGGGCAGACGCUGGCCCACCGUGUGGCACACUGGCCCCAAGCCUGACCCUCCUGCCCACUGGAUUAAAACACUGGAAGUGCCUUAUUUAGUCUGACCACCACACAAGGGCAUAUGGAAAUGAGCAUUGAACUUCCAACCAUGAGAGUAUUUGUGGGAGCCAAAGCUAUUAAAGAAUACUCCUUAGGAGGCCUUAUCCUUUGUAUUAAUUGAUAGAUUCUGAUGAGCUGCAGCCUCCUGCUUCUCUCUAGCUUUUCUGGCUGCCCUACACAAUUUGCCUGCCUUACCCAGUGCAUUUUAGAGGUCUUCCAGCCCGUCUUCUCGCCUCUUUCAUAGUCAGCCCCCUCUUCUGUGUGAGUGAAACCACAGGUUUGUUAAUAAUAGCAUGCUGGGAUUCUUGUUCUUAAUCCAGCUUCGAACAUACAUAGUGAAGGAAGUUUUACAGCACAAGACAGGGUCCUGGACAGAACAAAACCCGCCUGCUACAGGAUAGAGCUUGUGUUUGCAUGCGUGUAUGUAUAGGUAUAUAUUUAUGUAUAGAUAUCCGAGGACAGAGACGGCAGUGACCAGUCUAUGCCCAGUAGGGCCUUCCAUGUUAGCAAUAACCAGUAUCCACCUUGAGAAUGCACCUCAGAGUCCAGACCCAGCUUUCCAUCACCGUCCAUCAGGGCCUGUCACCUCUGUAGAGGCAGGUGGCCUUUUCUUGUCUCGUGCAGUUACUGAGCACUCCAGAGCUGUGUUCAGAUGCCCAUCGGCUACCAAAUGGCAAAAUCUGAAAGUGGUUGUAAAUAACCAUUAUAAGAGGAGUGUAAUAUAUUUGUUCAGUUAUAAGAUUAUUAUUUCACGGAAGCCUUAUAGCUCUCUGCUUCAUCUAAGAAAACAAUUACCAAAAACAAUGUUUCUAAACGCAGUCUGUGGAUCGUGUGCUUUCAGAUUAAGAUAGGCUGGUGUUGGCUUUGUAUAAUUAGCUGCUUAUUACCAGUUUCUAGCAGUGACCUAUUAUUUCUUAUAACCAAAAAAGCAUGGUUUAAUUAAAACAUGUUUAAUGGUCGUGCCUUAGGAGUUAAUGCCCCCUUAUGGAACAUGCCUGAAUUGCACCUGUGGGUGGAAGUUUUAAGUUACUCCCAGACAGACAGACUCAUGACAGAAAAAGCUCUCUCUCACAGGAAGAUGUGUCUUCAAGAUGUCCGUCUGUACGAUGGUGGCUUACCUUUUCCAACUCACAGAAAAUGUCUGAAAGCCAUACUGAACGUUUUCACACGACUGUGAAGAGCUGGCGCGUGCCGCCUUGUACACAGCUCCUGGCCGCCUGCAGGCUGCCUCCCGCCCGCCUCUAGUAUGUACCCAUGUUUGUUAGCAUCAUGGAGUUGCAUGAACCAUUCAUUCUUAGUAGACUGUCAUAGGAAAGCAAGCGUUUGAUAUUUGUGUCAGCUAUCUUUGUAGUUAGAAUGUGGAUCCAAUAAAGCAGUAUUUUUUU